AUGUACAGGAAUUUGUCGUGUAGAGUGAUAGAUGAUUCGGGAUCAACUCAUAAUAAAGCGUUAAACUCAGAUAGUACAGAAGGAGCAGGUCAAAUUAACCCGUGUCUGUACGUGAAGCCAACAGUGUUCACAGUCUGUUCAAUCAUCCUCUACUUCCACCUGAUAGCGGCCAUAGACUGGCUGGAACUGGCCUGCAAUGGCUACCAGCUGGUGGAGGUGGACCAGAGACCGGUCAUGCGGGUUCUCAUCGCCAUGUCACUCGUGGAGGGCGGUUUUGUCGCCUACACCGAUGGAAACAGCGGAGUGAGUGAAUCGAUCCUGCGUCGGAACCCAGCGAGGUACUACAUGGACAACGAGUCCACCUGUUUCGACCCCGUCACCGGAACUAUGCGAGUUCUCGUGGUGAAGGCAGGGGUCAUAGCAUGUCUCGCAGUCAUGGCCUAUGGAGCGUCCAUAUUCACGGCCAGACAAACUCUGCAAGAGAUUAAACGAGAGGUGAACAUGCACAUGAUUGGGUUCAAGUACAUCUUUAACAUUCUUCAGAGUCACUGCGUGGUGGGGCUUCUGUCUAAUAUCUGUUGUGCUGCUCAGAUAGCAGAUUACUUAUCUGGCCGAAACCAUCUAGUUGUGGGAUAUGUUCCGAUUGUUGGAAUUGUGGGCAUGCUUCUGACGCCUGUUGUUUAUAGACUGUCAAUUUAA